AUGCUACCGAUCCACGACUUAGAGAUAAAGCCUCCUGAGUUAAAGCCCCCAGAGAUAAAGCCUCUUGAGUUAAAGCCCUCAGAGAUAAAGCCUCCUGAGUUAAAGCCCCCAGAGAUAAAGCCUCCUGAGUUAAAGCCCCCAGAGAUAAAGCCUCCUGAGUUAAAGCCCCCAGAGAUAAAGCCUCCUGAGUUAAAGCCCCCAGAGAUAAAGCCUCCUGAGUUAAAGCCCCCAGAGAUAAAGCCUCCUGAGUUAAAGCCCCCAGAGAUAAAGCCUCCUGAGUUAAAGCCCCCAGAGAUAAAGCCUCCUGAGUUAAAGCCCCCAGAGAUAAAGCCUCCUGAGUUAAAGCCCCCAGAGAUAAAGCCUCCUGAGUUAAAGCCCCCAGAGAUAAAGCCUCCUGAGUUAAAGCCCCCAGAGAUAAAGCCUCCUGAGUUAAAGCCCCCAGAGAUAAAGCCUCCUGAGUUAAAGCCCCCAGAGAUAAAGCCUCCUGAGUUAAAGCCCCCAGAGAUAAAGCCUCCUGAGUUAAAGCCCCCAGAGAUAAAGCCUCCUGAGUUAAAGCCCCCAGAGAUAAAGCCUCCUGAGUUAAAGCCCCCAGAGAUAAAGCCUCCUGAGUUAAAGCCCCCAGAGAUAAAGCCUCCUGAGUUAAAGCCCCCAGAGAUAAAGCCUCCUGAGUUAAAGCCCCCAGAGAUAAAGCCUCCUGAGUUAAAGCCCCCAGAGAUAAAGCCUCCUGAGUUAAAGCCCCCAGAGAUAAAGCCUCCUGAGUUAAAGCCCCCAGAGAUAAAGCCUCCUGAGUUAAAGCCCCCAGAGAUAAAGCCUCCUGAGUUAAAGCCCCCAGAGAUAAAGCCUCCUGAGUUAAAGCCCCCAGAGAUAAAGCCUCCUGAGUUAAAGCCCCCAGAGAUAAAGCCUCCUGAGUUAAAGCCCCCAGAGAUAAAGCCUCCUGAGUUAAAGCCCCCAGAGAUAAAGCCUCCUGAGUUAAAGCCCCCAGAGAUAAAGCCUCCUGAGUUAAAGCCCCCAGAGAUAAAGCCUCCUGAGUUAAAGCCCCCAGAGAUAAAGCCUCCUGAGUUAAAGCCCCCAGAGAUAAAGCCUCCUGAGUUAAAGCCCCCAGAGAUAAAGCCUCCUGAGUUAAAGCCCCCAGAGAUAAAGCCUCCUGAGUUAAAGCCCCCAGAGAUAAAGCCUCCUGAGUUAAAGCCCCCAGAGAUAAAGCCUCCUUAG